UGAAAUCAAUAUUUCUGUACAGAUUCCUGUAAUUUCUCGAAUUUCAACCUGGACCUACCAUAAUACAAAUUAUGUUGAGAAUCUUUCUGUCAAAUUCCGGAAGUUUCUUUGUUGAUAUAUAAGAUGGGAAUUCGAAUGCCGGCCGACAGUUUCGCAAUUGUAUUUCUCGAGUUUUACUUAGAUUUGUGGAUAAUUAGUUGAAGUUUGUGCUUUAUACCAAAAUGUCUCUUAUUCCAUUGAUGUUCGGCGAUUACGAACCGAUGUGCCGCCCAUCGAGAAUCCUGGAACAACAUUUCGGCCUGGGUUUGGACCAUGACGACCUUUUCCAACCCUUAAACCUGAACAACAAAAUGUUGACCAGAACUCCGGCGGGUUACCUAAGGAACUGGCGCCCCAACGCUGCCAAUUUGGAUUCUGGGUCUACUGUUCACUUUGACAAGGACAAAUUCCAGGCCAAUUUGGAUGUGCAACAGUUCAAGCCGGAAGAAAUCACUGUAAAGGUCACAGGGGACAAUGUUCUUACUGUAGAAGGCAAGCAUGAGGAGAAGCAAGAUCAGCACGGUUAUGUAUCCAGGCAUUUUGUAAGAAGAUAUGUGCUACCCAAGAACUACCAGAUGGACAAAAUCGAAUCAAAACUUUCUAGUGAUGGGGUUCUAACCAUCACUGCUCCCACUGUCGAGAAGAUGGAGAUUGAGCACAAGUCUAUUCCAAUUACACAAACUGGAGAGCCUGCCAAACAGCAAAAGGCUGUUAAACAAAAAAAGUAAAUAGUUCUUACUAAUGUGUAUGUAAUUAUAUUUCUUGAUCAAUUCAUUUUCUUUUCUAUUACCUACCUUCAAGUGUGGUAAUGCUUUCAUUAAGUUUUUUUACACUUUCAGAAACUGUUAAUUUUAAUAAUAAAUAAAUACUUUUUUUCUCUA